AUGGGGGUAAACGUGGAUUCCUCGUCUCGUCGUAACCGGGCAUACUUUCAACAAUCCUGGAAUUGUUUUGAUACCUUUAUGGUCAUCUGUCUAUGGGCUUCAGUUGCACUACAGUGCUUUGAAAUUCGUGCCGAGUGGAGUGGACUAGACGAGGAACAAAAAUUCUUUAAAACUGCUGGAUGGCUUAGUAUUCUUCGUUGUCCACGUCCUUUCAUUCUCAUCCGGGUUUUUCGAGCUGUUCUCAAAUUACAACUACCACCUGCUCGAGUUAAUGCAAUUUUUCAGCGAUCAACUCACCAAAUCUACAAUGUCAGUGUAUUUUUGCUCUUCUUUAUGUCACUCUACGGACUUCUUGGAGUUCAAUUUUUUGGCGACGAACUCAAUUACCACUGUGCGGAUAAAUCGGCGAAUGAGAGCAAUUUAUUGAAGAGUAAUCUGGCUAUUCCCGACGCAUACUGCGAUCCUUACGCACCAGAAUCGGAUAAUCAGUGUCCAAAGAACAUGAAAUGUGUACGAACAGUGGCUCGUAUUGCAGACGAAGGAAGCUAUGCUAGCUUCGAAGCCUUUCAUGUCAGCAUGUUCACUGUAUACCAGGCAUCAUCUCAAGAAGGCUGGGUCUUCAUAAUGUACCGUGCAAUGGAUUGUUUAGCUCCAUGGAAGGGUGUCUUUUACUUUCUAACCAUGAUUUUCAUGUUAGCUUGGCUUGUCAAGAACGUGUUCAUUGCCGUUCUGACUGAAACAUUCGCUGAAAUUCGUGUCCAAUUUCAACAAAUGUGGUCACCACGAAUCGCUACCGAUACUGACUUUUCGAAGAUUUUCCAAUUUGAUGGAACCUCCUGGAAACUGGUACCUGUCCAUGAACGAAAGUCACGUGGGUUAGCACCACGAUUUGUAGAAGAAACCCUUCUUAAAUCAACGGGAUUUAAUAUUGGAAUCAUGCUAUUGGUUCUUGCAAAUGCAAUCACCGCAGCCGGUCAGCAUUUCAAUCACCAACGCAUUCGGCAUGAUGAUUCUGAUGGACAAUUCCAUUUGGACGGAUUCUACUAUGCUGAGCUUGGUUUCACUAUGGUCUUCAAUCUCGAAGCCGCAUUUAAGAUAUGGUGUCUGGGUUGGCGAGCCUACUGGUCAAGGUCUCUUUUCAAAUUUGAACUUAUUCUUUGUGUUGGCACUACACUUCACUGCAUUCCGAAACUCUACCGAACCGAAUUCACCUAUCUUUCUGUAAUGAGGAUAGUUCGUUUGAUCAAGGCGUCGCCAAUGCUCGAGGACUUUUGUUUCAAGAUCUUUGGACCCGGAAAAAAGCUGGGCAGUUUGGUUCUUUUCACAAUGUGUCUACUAAUUAUUACAUCCACAUUCAGUCUCCAGUUGUUCUGCUACUUGCAAAUCUCCGACCCCACAUUCGAUAGAUUUGAAACUUUCCCGAAGGCCUUUAUGUCUAUGUUCCAAAUCCUGACCCAAAAGGGCUGGGUGGCGGUCAUGCACGACACAAUGGAUGUGGUUAGGAAUGAGGCUGUGACAACCGGUGUCGCAAUCUACUUUGUCUUCUAUCAUCUUUUCGUCACUCUGGUAAUCCUUUUCUGCUUUUACGAAUCCAUAUGA